UAUUUCUAUUGUCACGACUGUCAUCGCGCUCGUGUUAGUAACCGUGCACAGGCGAAUGACCAUCGAAUAAAAUGUUCGCAUCAUCGCGGAAAAUGCAAACAAGAAUGAUGAUUUAUUAUUAGUGAUGCUGUUGCUUCUGUAUUUCGGUACAACCGGCGAAGUGACAUAGCCCAAACAUGGCUACUGUUAAAGUAACUGAACAGAAAGUCAUUCUGUGCGGGGAAUACGGUGUUGGGAAGACUUCUAUAUUUAGGCGUUUCGCGAACAAUAGUUUUACAGCGAGCAACGAUCGAAAAUCGACACUCGGUCUCGAUAAUAUUGACAAAGAAUACGUCGUUGAAGACAGACGAAUACGAUUACAAUUAUGGGACACUGGUGGUAUGGAAAGAGUUGCAUCGGUAACAUCAAGUUACUACAAAUUUGCAGAAGCUGCUAUUUUAGUUUUUGCAUUAGACAAUUCAACAUCCUUUCACCUUUUAUCCCAGCAUUUACUUGAUAUUGUCACAUAUGCUGAAAAUGCAAAAAUAUUUCUUUGUGGAAAUAAAAGUGAUUUGGAAAGCACAGCUCCACAAGUAACAGAUGCAGAAAUGGAACAAUUCUGUGAACAAUGUCACAAUUUAAUUUCUGGCAUAUACAAGACAUCAUGUAAAACUGGGGAGGGAGUACAUGAAAUGUUUGAAGAUAUAGCACAACAUUUGGUUGAAGCUAACAGAUCACGCAUGGAAUUGCAUGAAAUGGAUAAAGACAGGUUUAAAAUUUCAUAUAUUGAUGAAGCUGCUGAUCCAUCAUGUUUGUGCUAGGU